AUGCUCUUGGGCGUGUUUGGCUGGCCGAGAGAAGUUCCUGUCAACGAGCUCUGUCUGUACGAGGAUCCGGCAGGCAGCUUGGAGGCUCUUGAGGGUCCAGAGACUGUGGAGGGCGAGCUCUCGAAGCGUGAAGCUGGAGCUGGACUGGAACAGGCAGGAAUUAUGCACAUGGAGAUCGAGGCAUCGGAGCAGUCCGAGAAGCAGUGGGUGCAUGUUUCUUCGCACUUGAAGUUGGACAUUUGGAAGUUCUUGCCAGCUGUGGAGAUUUGUAAGAGUCGCGCAGUCUCGCGCACCUUUGCAACUGCGAAGGAAAUUGUUGACCACCUCAAGGCUGUUGUGGACUUAUCCAGGAAGGAUGCCCUCCUUGCUGAAGCAGUGUCACAUCAUCAGCAAGCUGCUGACAUGGGCAUGCAGUGGUUUGGAGAGGAGGCUGAAGAUCCUUUGCUCAACUUUCGCCUGGAUGCAGCCAUGCUUGAGCGCCGUGAUAGUUUCCGCUGUCUCGUGAACUUGGGCAACGUAUGGUUCGCGCAUGCUCCUUUCUCCAUGCUCGAUUUGGUUUGGCGCCUGGCUUUUCACACUGAAGACCAUCCUGGCGAUGAUCUGCUAUACGAUGCCGUGUACUUUUCCACACGUUCAUCAGCCGUGACCUCGCUGAACAGGCUGUUGCUUAUGACACCAGCGUUUCACCACUGGCUAGCGCAGCAACGCGUUGCCAACAGCUGA